CGGGAUGACCUCUGCCGCGGCGUGCGGAGCCCAGCAGACGCCCUCGCCUCCCCGCAACCGCACCUGAGCCCGAGCCCCGGGCCCGGCCCCAAGGCCGGAAGCGCGGGCGGCUUGACUGGCCCCAGAGAGCAGCCUGAGCCUGCGGCAAGGACGAGCAGAAGAAAACGGGUGGCCGAGCCCGCCUCUCGCCAGAUGGGGGCGAGGACCUGCCGACACUGACCCCUCCACCCACUCAUCCUCGUCUCCCACCCGGCUCGGCCCAGAGCACCCCCAGCACCAGCUCAAAGGCACACCAACUUUAUCCACAUUUUCGCUCUAACUUUUCUUAAAGUUCCUUGUAAGGAGGAACCUGCCCGCCCCCUGGCCGCGGCGAGCUGGAGAAGCCCGGGAGAGGUGCCGCACUUGAAUGCUGCAGCGCCUUGGUCCACCUUGCGCCGGGCUGUGUGCGGAUGGGAGCAACUUCGGGGAAAGCCUGAUGAACUCCGCAGAAAGAACAUAAAGGAAGGUCCAGCCUCCGUGCCCGUACUAACCGCCGGGUUCCUCUUUGUGGAACUAGAAGCCGAGGUGGUGCCAGGUUGUGGAGAAUGAUCCUGCGGCCUCGGGGGACCUCAGCGCAGUAAUGUCAACAUGAUGUUUCACGCAGGUCGAAUGUGGAGCUAUCACUGGAAAUGGAAGCCAGGUCCUCAACUAUUCUUAUUUGUUUUAUGUAUUGCAUGUGUUCCUCACUCAGCUUGGGGAUGUGCCAACUGCAGGGUUGACCUGUCCAACCCUUCUGGGACCUUCACAUCUCCAUGCUAUCCUAACGACUACCCUAAUAGCCAGGCUUGCAUGUGGACCCUCCGGGCCCCCACCGGCUACAUUAUUCAGAUAACGUUUAAUGACUUCGACAUUGAAGAAGCUCCCAAUUGCAUUUAUGACUCAUUAUCCCUUGAUAAUGGAGAGAGCCAGACUAAAUUUUGUGGAGCAACUGCCAAAGGCCUAUCAUUUAACUCAAGUGCAAAUGAGAUGCAUGUGUCCUUUUCAAGUGACUUUAGCAUCCAGAAGAAAGGUUUCAAUGCCAGCUACACCAGAGUUGCUGUGUCCUUAAGGAAUCAAAAGGUUAUUUUGCCCCAGACGCUAGAUGCUUACCAGGUAUCUGUUGCAAAAAGUGUCUCCAUUCCAGAGCUCAGCGCUUUCUCACUCUGCUUUGAAGCAACCAAAAUUGGCAAUGAAGCCAAUGACUGGACAGCUUUCUCCUACUCAGAUGCAUCCUUCACACAAUUACUCAGUUUUGGAAAGGACCAGAGUGGCUACUUUCUAACUAUCUCUGGCUUGAGGUGUUUCCUUAAUAGUGUGUUACCUGACAAGGAAAAUGAAGACGUUUUCACAGAAAGCUUUGAGCAGCUCUGCAUUGUUUGGAAUAAUUCCUUGGGCUCUGUUGGUGUCUAUUUCAAAAGAAACUAUGAAAUGGUUCCAUGUGAUUCUACCAUUAACAGAGUUAUUCCUGGGAGUGGGAAAUUGUUGUUGGGCUCCAAUCAAAAUGAAAUUGCCUCUCUAAAAGGGGACAUUUAUAACUUUCGACUUUGGAAUUUUACCAUGAAUUCCAAAAUCCUCUCCAAUCUCAGCUGUAAUGUGAAAGGAAAUGUGGUUGACUGGCAGAAUGAUUUCUGGAAUAUCCCAACCCUAGCUCUGAAGGCUGAAAACAACCUGAGCUGUGGUUCCUACUUGAUCCCACUCCCAGCAGCAGAGCUAGCCAACUGUGCGGAUCUGGGGACCCUCUGCCAAGCUACUGUAAACUCUCCUAGUGCUACACCACCCACUGUCACCACUAACAUGCCCGUUACUAACAGAGUCGAUAAACAAAAGAAUGAUGGAAUUGUCUAUAGGAUCUCCAUAGUGAUUGAAAACGUCCUUCAUCACCCUGAGGUAAAAGUACAGAGCAAGGUGGCAGAAUGGCUCAAUUCAACCUUCCAGAAUUGGAACUACACUGUUUAUGUGGUUAAUAUCAGUCUUCAUCUGAGCACUGAAGAGGAUAAGAUUAAAGUCAAGAGAAGCAUUGAGGAUGAUUCAAGGUUGGUGAUUUGGGCCCUUCUAGUUUACAAUGCUACCAACAAUGUCAGCUUAGAAGGAAAAACCAUUCAGCAGAAGCUCUUAAGAAAUAACGAGUCCCUGGGUGAGGGAUUGAGGCUAUAUACAGUGAAUGUGAGGCAACUGGAUACAUGUCCUGCCAGUGAGGACCCCAAAGGCUAUGUAUGGCCUGCCAUCCAACCUUCUGAAUACAGUCUACCCUGUAAUGGAAAACCUGGUUUUUAUGCUUCACGGACAUGUCACCGCAAUCUUACCAACGCAUCUUUAGCCUACUGGGGAGUUCCUGAUGUCUCCAAUUGUUCAAAUGACCUAAAUAAUGUCAAUACGAUUUUAAAUUUAACUGGUGAAGGACAGAACUUAACCUCAGCCAACAUUACCAGCAUUGUAGAAUACGUGAAAAGAAUUGUGAAUAAUGAAGAAAACAUUGAUAUAACACUUGGCUCAACUUUAAUGACUAUAUUUUCUAAUAUCUUAACCAGUUCAGACAGUGAUUUGCUUGAGUCUUCUUCUGAAGCUUUGAAAACAAUUGAUGAAUUGGCCUUCAAGAUAGACCUAACUAGCACAUCACGUGUGAAUAUUACAACUCGGAAUUUGGCUCUUGGAGUAUCAUCCCUUUCCCCAGGAACAAAUGCAGUUUCAAAUUUUAGCAUUGGUCUUCCAAGCAAUAAUGAAUCAUAUUUCCAGAUGGAUUUUGAGAGUGGACAAGUGAAUCCAUUGGCUUCUGUAAUUUUGCCACCAAAUUUACUUGAGAAUUUAAGUAAAGAAGAUUCUGCAUUGGUUAAAAGAGCGCAGUUUACUUUCUUUAAUAAAACUGGACUUUUCCAGGAUGUAGGAACCCAAAGAGACAACUUAGUGAGUUAUGUGAUGGCAUGCAGUAUUGGAAACAUCACUAUCCAGGAUCUGAAGGAUCCGGUUCGAAUUAUAAUCAAACAUACAAGAACUCAGACAGUGCAUCAUCCCAUCUGUGCCUUCUGGGAUCUGAACAAAAACAGUUUUGGAGGAUGGAACACUUCCGGAUGUGUUGCAUACAGAGGUUCAGAUGAGAGCGAGACAGUUUGCCUGUGUAACCACCUCACACACUUUGGAGUCUUGAUGGACCUUCAAGGAACUGCCUCACAGAUGGAUGCAAGAAAUACUAAAGUCCUCACCUUCAUUACCUAUAUUGGAUGUGGAAUAUCUGCUAUUUUUUCAGCAGCAACUCUCCUGACAUAUGUUGCUUUUGAAAAAUUGCGAAGGGAUUAUCCUUCCAAAAUCUUGAUGAACCUGAGCACAGCACUGCUGUUCCUGAAUCUCAUCUUCCUCUUGGAUGGCUGGAUCACCUCGUUCGAUGUGGAUGGGCUUUGCACUGCUGUGGCAGCCUUGUUGCAUUUUUUCCUUCUAGCAACAUUUACCUGGAUGGGGCUGGAAGCAAUUCACAUGUACAUUGCCCUGGUUAAAGUAUUUAACACUUACAUUCGCCGGUAUAUACUAAAAUUCUGCAUCAUUGGCUGGGGUUUGCCUGCCUUAGUGGUGUCAGUUGUCCUCGCGAGCAGAAACCAAAAUGAAGUCUACGGAAAAGAAAGUUAUGGAAAGGAACAAGGUGAUGAAUUCUGUUGGAUUCAGGAUCCGGUCAUAUUUUAUGUGACCUGUGCUGGAUAUUUUGGAGUCAUGUUUUUCCUGAAUGUUGCCAUGUUCAUUGUAGUCAUGGUGCAGAUCUGUGGGAGGAAUGGCAAGAGAAGCAACCGGACCCUGAGAGAAGAGGUUUUGAGGAACCUGCGCAGUGUGGUUAGCCUGACAUUCCUGCUGGGCAUGACAUGGGGUUUUGCUUUCUUUGCCUGGGGACCAUUAAAUGUCCCUUUCAUGUACCUCUUCUCCAUCUUCAAUUCAUUACAAGGCUUAUUUAUAUUUAUCUUCCAUUGUGCUAUGAAAGAGAAUGUUCAGAAACAGUGGAGGCGACAUCUCUGUUGUGGGAGAUUUCGGUUAGCGGACAACUCAGACUGGAGUAAGACAGCUACCAAUAUCAUCAAGAAAAGUUCUGAUAAUCUAGGAAAAUCUUUGUCUUCAAGCUCCAUUGGUUCCAACUCAACCUACCUUACAUCCAAAUCUAAAUCCAGUUCUACCACCUAUUUCAAGAGGAAUAGCCACACAGACAGUGCAUCCAUGGAAAAGUCCACAUCAAAACUGACCCAUGCUGAUGGAGAACAAACAUCAAUCAUCCCUGUCCAUCACGUCAUUGAUAAGGUCAAGGAUUAUUGCAGUGCUCAUUCAGAUAACUUCUAUAAAAAUAUUAUCAUGUCAGACACCUUCAGCCACAGCACAAAGUUUUAGUAUCUUUACUAUAAAGAAAAGGAACUAGUCUGUAGAAAUGUGGCGAUCUGUAUGCAGUGACAAAACAAUGGGCAGAUAUAAAUAUACUAUUACCUAGGUAACUGCAUGUAUAUGAGGAACAUUUUUGUUAAGAAGGCAUUUGUGAAAUGCAAAAUUCACCUGCUCAGUGUAUUUCUUUCAUGGGGAAAUGUUUUACCAUUUCUAAAACCGUCAUCCAGACAGAAAUGUGACUCAGCUGCAAGGAAUAUGAGUUUUUUAAAUAUAUAUAUAUACAUAUAUAACUGAAUCAGAUUAAUCAGAACUCAGAGGGGAAACAUUAAAAUCAGAGGACAAGGGAGAGGUAAAGGUAAAAUUGACCCUAGGUUAGAGCUCAUUCAUCCCUCACCUAAUAGCUAGGUUUGGUUGUAGCUAUUUUCUCCAUCAUCUUUCUCAACAAUAAAAAGCACACUAAUAUUUAUAACUAUUUUGGAUAUCCACAAGUCCCAUCCCAGUACUGGUUUCUAUUAUUGCAGUAACAUUUUCUCUUCUUCAAUGAAAUUUCAACCACAUGGAGAAAAGCAUGUUUAAUGUCUGACCCAAAAAUUAAAAAAAGGUGUUUUUUUUUUAUCAUACCAAAUUCUGAACAUUCUGGACCAUAGCUGCUUAAGAAAGAAACUGUUCCCAAAACCUUGGCCUAGAUAAAAUGAGGCAAUAUAAAUUUCUAAUAUUUAAUUUAUCCUUUUUAUGCGUUAAAGA